AUGAAGUUCCUGCCAAUCAGACCACCAAGUCGAGGAAUUUUAAUAAAAAUAUUCAUUUUCAUCUUUAUUGUUACAAUUUUCCUCAACACUGGCUGGUUUAUGAGCUCGUCUAGAAUAAUUUCAAAUCAAUUUAAAAGUUUCGAAGGAAUUAGUGAGCAGGAACGUGCAGAACGGCUUGGACUUGAUGAUGGAAUCACAGAUGAGACACGGCGAGUCAUGCAAAUGCUUAACAUCACAAAUGCUGGUGAGAAUGGUGCACCUGUCGUUUUUAAUGCAAGCUACAAUGACAACAUAAAGAAGCUUGAUCAAAUGCUUCGUGGCACAUACAAGUACAAUGCCUUAGCAUCCAGCAUGGUCAGUCUUAAUCGAGCACUGCCUGACAAUCGAAGUGAAUAUUGCAAGACCAAAAAGUAUCCGAAAAAUCUACCAAAAGCUUCUGUUGUGAUUCCAUUUCAUGACGACGACUGGAUGUUACUGAUGCGGAACAUCCAUUCGGUUCUGUUGAGAACACCUGAUCAUCUGCUUGAAGAGAUUCUUCUUGUCUUUGACUAUUCAAACAGGGAAUAUUACCAAGAACAGCUCGACGAAUACAUCAAAAAAUACCCAAACAUUCGACUAAUCAGGUCACAUAGAAGGCAAGGAAUCAUCCCAACUAGGAUUUUAGGCGGGAGAAAUGCAAUUGGACCUGUAAUCGUGUACUUAGACUCGCAUGUUGAAGUUUUGCCUGGAUGGAUUGAACCGAUGUUGAGUAGGAUCAAUGAAAAUCCAACAGUGUUAGCUUGGGCGAAGAUAUCAGGUAUCGAUCCUGAGACAUUACAAGUUAAGCUAGACAAGAAGCCAGGAAAGAUUGGAGUUUUCCGUUGGGACAUGUACUUUGAGUUCAUGACAAUCAGGUACUUUGAAGGAAACAAACCCACACCAAGAUUUGAACCAAAAGCAACAGUUACUAUGAUCGGACCAUGCUUUGCAAUUCAGAAGGACUUCUUCCAUCAAAUUGGACUCUUUGAUCCGGAUUUCGACUAUUGGGGUGGAGAGGAUGUGGAACUAGCUUUAAGAACUUGGAUGUGCGGUGGUCGUGUUGAACUAAUUCCAUGUACAGUCGUAGCUCACAUGCUCAAACAGCACACAUACACAAUGGCAACGAAAGAAAAAGGCGGCGUUUACUACAAUCACGACAGAACAGCUGAAAUAUGGAUGGAUGAUGAGUACAAGAAGCAUUACUACACAGCUACAAAACGCACAAAGCCUAGAAAUUUCGGCGACAUCAAAGACAGACUGGAACUUAAGAAGAAGCUAGGCUGCAAGUCAUUCAAAUGGUUGCUAGAGAAUGUCUAUCCAUUGAUGCCAAUACCGACAAAUGAAACGAAUCUGACUGACUUUUGGUAUCAGAAGAGGGACGAGGGGAUGAAAAAAAUGGGAAAUCAAACUGAUGAUGAUUAUGAAUGA